CUCGCCCGUUCUUUCUGAUCCGAGGGGCGAGGAGGAGGCAUGUGGGCGAGGAGUGGGCUUUUUUUCGGGGCUUCGCGGCCUCUGGGCGCCCGGCUGCGGUCCGCUUUGGCCCAGUUGGAGCAUGUGCUGGAAGGGGAGCUGGAGGGCAUCCGCGGGGCCGGGACCUGGAAGAGCGAGAGAGUCAUCCUCUCCAAACAAGGGCCGCACAUCCAGGUGGAAGGCAGCCGGGGAGAUAUUCUGAAUUUCUGUGCCAACAAUUACUUGGGGCUCUCCAGUCAUCCUGAAGUGAUCCGUUCUGGAUUGGAUGCCCUGAAGCAGUAUGGUGCCGGCCUCAGCUCUGUCCGCUUCAUCUGUGGAACACAAAACAUACACAAGGAUCUGGAGGAGAAAAUUGCUCUCUUCCACCAGAGAGAAGAUGCCAUUCUCUAUGCCAGCUGCUUUGAUGCCAAUGCAGGACUCUUUGAGGCAUUACUGACUCCUGAAGAUGCAGUAGUUUCAGAUGAACUGAAUCAUGCCUCCAUCAUCGAUGGGAUCCGGCUCUGUAAGGCUAAUAAAUACCGCUACAAGCACAUGGACAUGCAAGACCUGGAAGCCAAAUUGCAGGAUGCACAAAAAUGUCGUCUACGGAUGGUGGUCACUGAUGGUGCUUUCUCUAUGGAUGGUGAUAUUGCCCCUUUGAAGGAAAUCUGCAGCCUAGCCCAGAAGUACAAUGCUAUCGUUUUUAUUGAUGAAUGCCAUGCCACUGGCUUCCUGGGACCCAAUGGACGGGGCACAGAUGAGCUUUUGGGAGUGAUGGAUAAAGUCACUAUCAUCAACUCAACCCUUGGAAAAGCACUUGGAGGAGCAGCAGGUGGCUACACAACUGGCCCCAAGGCACUUGUUGACCUCCUCCGCCAACGCUCUCGGCCGUACCUCUUCUCCAAUAGCUUGCCUCCUGCAGUGGUUGGCUGUGCUUCCAAGGCUUUGGAUCUGCUCAUGAAGAGCAAUGCCAUUGCACAGUCAAUGGCUGCCAAGACCACACGGUUUCGAAGCAAGAUGGCAGCAGCUGGGUUCACCAUUUCAGGCAGUGAUCAUCCUAUUUGCCCAGUGAUGUUGGGUGAUGCUCGGCUGGCUUCAGGGAUGGCUGAUGACAUGCUGAAGAGAGGCAUCUACGUCAUUGGAUUCAGCUACCCAGUGGUGCCAAAGGGAAAAGCUCGUAUCCGGGUGCAGAUCUCAGCUGUUCACAGUGAAGAAGAUAUAGACCGAUGUGUGGAGGCCUUUACUGAAGUGGGGCGCAAACACGGAGCUUUACCUUGAACAGGAGAAAAGUGAAAGCUGUGGCACAUGCAGAGCUUGGAAGAGUCAUGUUUCUGGAGUACAGCUCCCAGAAUCUGCCAUUGGGCUCCCAUAGACAUUGGCCCUGCUGGCUGGCUGUUACGGUAAAAAAAAAAAGAGAAAAAAGAGAGAGAGAGCUUUUCCAAAGUCUGGCCAUAGGAUGACUUUCAAAACCAAAGUCUGGAAGUGGGCCAUGUCACUUUUUGAAGAACAGAUUAUCGCUUUCAACAAUAGCUUGCUACUCUGCUGGAUUGUAGACUCUGUCCACAUUCUCUUCUUGCCAAAGCAGUCAUAUUCAGCUUCAUAAGAUAUUAAAAGAAAACCAGAACUUGGGUCAGUUAUUUUUUUGUACUACUGUAUAGCUCCCAGAAAUCUCCAGCCAGCUUGACUAUGAGUUUCAAGUAUUUGUGGUACAAAAAUGUAAUAUUCCCUUGUUCUGAACAAUGGAUCUAUGCACACUCUCCACAUAUUGUUCGACUGCAGCUCUCAGCAUUGUUCACCAUUUCCUUUGUUCCCUAAAGAUAUUGGGAGUUAAAGUUCAGCAAUAGUAGGAGGGCUGAAUGAUUUUCAGUCCUUUUCUUAUUAUUUCCAGCACUCUUUCAUGUCUGGUUUCAGUCUAAUACAUGCCAGUGUGUUUUAACUCCAAUCUCAAUUGCCACAGUGCCUGGAGGAGGGCAGAGUAAUAAAGGUGAUGUUGACCUCA